AUGAAAAAAACACGCGAAUAUUAGAUUCAUAUUUUGACAAGUUGAUCAGACAAAUUGGAUUCUAAAUGAGUUAAAAGAUUUAUAACCUUAUUCAAGGGUGUACCUGGCUCAACUGAUGAAUGAUUGAAUGUUUUAGGAGGCCAUUUUCUAUUCGGUCUUAUGAUAACAAAGCUGCGAGGACUUWUUCUGCAGGUCGGCGAAACAUCUCGACGGCGCCAUGCGAAGUGAACCUUAACCAAAACGACACGGUCCUUCUACUACAUCAUUCAUAAAUAUCUGCUUCAAGUCCAACAGUCGACUCGUAUUUUCACAGCUGCUGCAAAAUGGCGGACGAUGGAGUUGCAGAAGGCAUCAAUGCGGAGAUUCAACAAGAGAUGUACAUCCCUGUACGAACCUUGGGCAGAGGAGCUUUUGGUGAAGCUGUUCUUUAUCGAAAAAUCGAGGACAACAUGCUUGUCGUUUGGAAAGAGGUUAACUUGAGUAGAGCAAGUGAUAAAGAAAGGGAUGACGCCCUUAAAGAAAUUGACAUCUUGUCAUUAUUAAACCACCCAAACAUAGUGUCAUACUUCAAUCACUUUAUCGAUGGGACUUCACUAUUUAUUGAAAUGGAAUAUUGUAAUGGAGGAACACUUCAUGACAAAAUAAACCAACAAACUGACUUAUUCAAAGAAGAGCUUGUAAUAUGGUACUUCUACCAGAUUUGUACUGCAUUGCARCAUAUCCAUGAGAAUGACAUUGUUCACAGAGACAUAAAAGCAAUGAACAUCUUUAUGACAAAGUCUGGUCUGGUGAAACUAGGAGAUUUUGGUAUCUCUAAAAUACUUGAUUCAGAAGGCAUGGCUGAUUCUAUAGUAGGAACUCCAUACUAUAUGUCACCAGAAAUAGUACAAGGCAAAAAGUAUAACCAAAAGAGUGAUAUGUGGGCAUUGGGGUGUGUUUUAUAUGAAGUAUUAACACUCAAGCGAGUGUUUGAUGCUACGAAUCCCCUUCGGCUGGUUUCAGAGAUAGUCAAAGGUAAAUAUGAAGAGAUUGAUGAACGCUACACUGAAGAUAUGAAUGACAUGGUGACCAAACUGCUUGCCCUGAAUCCAGAUGAUCGACCAACAAUUGAGGAGUUGUUACAAACACCAAUGCUAGCAAACCUGAAAAAAGAAAUGGAUAAUAAAGUUUGGCAGUUGAAUGCUUCUACAAGAAGAGCAAGGCUUGCAACAGCGUCAUCUGAGACAGUUCCUGUCGUCACCUCCAAAACAAGCGAAGUGUUCUUCUGGGGUGCUGGAAAACAAAUUCCUCAGAAACUUGACACAUUUGUUAAUGGAAACAGCGCACUACAGGUUUCUGCAGGACAUUCACAUUUUGCAGUUUUGACUGUUGAGAAAGAAGUCUUUAGUUGGGCUAAUGCCCAUGGAGGGAAGGAAAUGUCAGGCCAGCUUGGUCAUGGUGAUGUAGCAUGUUACAGGAUGCCCAAGAGAAUUGACCUACUGUAUGGAAUUCCCAUAAARCAAGUGGCUUGUGGCGAUGAGUUUACUGCGUGUAUAACAGAAAGCAACGAAAUGUAUAUGUUUGGUUCAGAUUACUAUGGCUGUAUUGGCUGCAAUAAUGAAAAAGGAGAAGAGGUUCUAUUACCAUCGAAAGUGCCUUUUUUCAUUAAUAAACCGGUUGUACAGGUUUCAUGUGGGGACUGUCACGUGGUGGCAUUGACUGACARUAAAGAAGUGUACUCUUGGGGCUGUGGCGAGCAUGGUCGUCUUGGUUUGGGUUCUGAAGAUGAUCAUGCAUUACCACAGAAGGUUUCUCUUCCAAAAUCCUGUAAAGUCAAGCGUGUUUACUGUGGUCCAGAGGGUACCUUUCUGCUCACUAUUAAUGGCAAGGUGCUGGCAUUCGGCAACAAUGAUGAGAACCAACUAGCCCUGAAUACCUUACACAGCCUGAAGAAAAGAGCAACUAAAGAAAAAGGUCACAUGUUUCAUGCAAAUAACCCAACUGUUGUCCAAUCACUAAGCAGGUACACUGUAUCAAGUAUUGCWCCAGGGAAAACUCAUUCAGCUAUAAUAGACAUCUAUGGUCGCCUAGUAACCGUCGGUUCAAACAAGUUUGGCCAGCUUGGCGUCACUGACUACCAAGUUCAUCCUAGUCCUUGUUUAGUGAAAGGCGAGUUSAUCAGUAAACAAGUUAUAGCAGCAUCAUGUGGGGAUGAAUUCACGGUUGUGGCUACGGCAGAGAACAUGGUUUACGCAUGGGGUCGAGGUGAUAACGGUCGUCUAGGUCUAACACCAGAGAACCUCACCAAGAAGAAGAACGGURUCCCGUGCAGCGCUAUUCCUCGUCCAGUAUUCGGUACCUUGCACUCUGUUACGAGUAUUGACUGUAGACACUGGAAUUCCAUCAUAGUAGCAGAGAAAGUAUUGAAAUCCAGGACAAUACGGAGUUCUUCGUCUCGAUCUAUUGAAUCACAGUCAUCUGGUGACGAUUCUGUAUUUUCGGAUCGUUUACGCAUCGAGGUCGAUAGCAUUGGUGCUGAUGAUGAUGGYGGCAUUCAUAACGACCAUCGUCCGCACAACCCCAUGAUGGAUACCGCUGACUCAGGAGUAGGGCCAUCACCGCGGUCACCCAAAUUCAGGACCCUCGGAGAUACCAGUCUCCCUCCGCCUUGGCUACAGGAUGAGCUCGACCAGGCAGACUACAUUUCAAUAGACACCAAAUCAACAGAAUCCAGCCGAUCACCUCGGUCAUCGACCUCAACAAACGACAGCUCACUUCCCUCAUGGUUAAAGAAAGAACUCCAAGAAGCAGAAUACAUUCCCAUGGAAGGGGAUUCAAAGGGAAAGAGGACUUCUUCGUCUUCCAACACAAGCGAAAACCCCAAGAUGUCGUCAGUUGGCGUCCAGUGUCGUAUUGAAGCUAAGACUGAAAUUCCAAAUGUGAAUGACUCCAGUCAAGAUUUAUCUGAAACGCACAGCGGUUUGCUACAAAGAAUUCUACAGUUGGAAGCAGAAAACAAGCAGUUGCGCACUACGAUACAACAACAAGUUGUGCAAAUCAAGUCKGUCCAACAUGAAAAUCACAUGUUAACGGAGAAACAAAACAAGCUCUGGGAGUUGAUCGACGCGUGGCAUAAAGAUUGUCAAUCAGCCUCGCUACCUUCAAARCCAUCAAGCCCUCGUCAGUCUGCUCGCAGAAUGCCUGCUACACCAACCACACCAGAACCAAAUGGCGCAAUAAAAGAUCGAACGGGUUCGGACCCUAAUCUAAAAGGAAGAAAUUCRCCUGGUCACGUGAGUGGAAGCCGAAAUGAUUCAUGGGCAGUGUGACGUCACGUGGAUGUAGAAGGCAAGAAUAAAUAGAUAGAUAGUAUACUAUUAAUUAGGGAUUAUAAAUAUAUAUGUAUAUCAGGAUUAAUKAUUAUAAUGAUCAUCUGAGUGACUUGGUGGGGUAGCUUUGGUUUUAACUUAUUAAAAAAACCGCGUUUGUUUGUUUUUACCUUAGAAACAGUACAGGCGAAACCAUAGAUAUUUAUUUUACUAAUAAAGCGACGAUAAUCGUCCUGAAAGGACGCAAAAGCUACGCUGCCACGCGCGACGAGACAAAAUGGAGAUGCUUCAUUAAUCUGUAAUCUGGUCAGCAGGGCUCGAAAUAAGCACUAUCACCUAGUAAAGUGCGAGUGCUUUUCUUGACUUAGUUGCUAGUCGAAAAAAAUCUACUAGCAAACAUUUGAAAGUAAAUGUUUCCCGGAUUUGACCAAUUUUUUCAUUCAAGAAACCCAGAAAUUCAAAUGUUUACUAGUUAACAAUGAGAUCCCAAAAUAAAUACUUAAUUGCUUUUUGUCGAUGUCAAAGAGACAAAWAUCAAAGUUAGCCGGUUUUGAACAAAUGCUAUGUGUCUUUUCAGACUACUCUUGGUCACGUGAUCAUUUUCAGGCAACAUAUUGUAGCCAUGUUAAUAUUGCGCUAAUUUUUUAAAUGCUUCUACCAUCCUGUUGAUAACGGCGGAAAAUUAUUUCCAUGGAUAUUUUAUUCUAUUUUAUUUUAUCUGCAAGGUACGCGUAACCAAUACAUAAAAAUACGGUUCGCUUUUAUCAAUUUUACGGCUCCAGAGCUAGUCCCAGAACGAAGCCAGGUCACUCAGAAUGUCAGAGGAAUUGUGAAUUUCUUCCCAAUCUGGCACAAUCACCUUAUUUAUUAAUAUAACUAGAAUUCAGUUUAACAAUAAUGAACAAACCCUCGGUGUUAUUUAUGGUUCAGRGCAGAAUCACGGAACGCUCCACCCGCAGCCUUCGUCGGUUCUGUCUGGGGUAAUAUCCCUCCUAUCCUCGUUGCUACGUUUUUAGAUGGUCUAGUUUAAUGAUAUGUUGACAGACUAUAGAAUCAAGAUACACAUAAAACUAAUAAAAGUACUAUUGAACAGAGA